UCGAGCUGACGGACGAUACAUAUGGAUCGUCGUCCCCUGAUCAGGCAUGGAUGGGGGAGGGCGGAAAGGAGGAUUAUGGAUUUCUUGGAUGAACAAGAGGGGAAAGACAAGAGAGGAAUCGGGCAGAGACAAACGACUGAUCUGCUUCCGCGGUGUUCAAGGCCAUCUCUCCCCAAGUUGAGUGAUUUCUCUUCCUUCUUUUGCCGUGCCUCAGACCACAUGGUCGGUCCAUCAAAUGCAAUCAGGCAGUCAUCUUGGACAUGCGACGGAAGCAUGUAUUUCGCACCAUUCUUGAUCAACGCAAAGACAUCAUAUCGCCCUGGUUGCCCUUGGGGGACAGCGCGGCGCCGUUGUAGGCCCUUGACCAUUUGACAGCGACAACGAAGUGGCG